AUGUGUGGCAUGACCGAUCUUUUUGAACUGACUGAUGAUUAUAAUGAACAGUAUAAUUCUGAUGGUAAAAUUUUUGUACAACGGGUGAUUGAAAAGCUUUUGGUUCCACAUAAGGAAUUUCAAGGAAUG